UUCUCCCAGUCUUCAAAACGACACCGUCCAGGGGGUUUCCUCUUACAGAAGGCGUUGGUCUCUGCCAGCCACUUAAACGCUUUGUUUGACCUCCCCGUUUUGUAACUAGCAGCCUUCAAUCAGAGCUUGCUGUUCUGCUCUCUGCCUCUCUCUAUGCUCCUCCACCAUUGUUAAGAUUCCUUGCUUCACUUCUUUCCCAGAGGGCACUUUUCAUCUGUUGUUACUUGAGAUUCCAUGAAACCCUUUUGAUUGGAAGACAUUGAGAAGAGGGUGCACAUUAGGAGGCUGAUGUCACAGUUUUAAUACUGGUUUGUCUGAUUUUUGUCUUGAGUUUGAGGAUGGUUUCGACUGAUAAUGGAAACCAAAAAGAGGAAAUUGAAGGCUCUAAUGGUGGUGGAGUGAAGGCUCCGGUUCCGUUUGAUAAUGUUUCAGUGUCUAAGAGGAAUUUGUUGAGCGACGAAAAGCCUCAGAGGAGGUUCCAUGAUGCUAUUUCUGAUAGGGUGAAGUUCAUGAAAUUUGGUUCUGCAUCUGCCAGGUUUAAGCGAUUAGCUCUGGAUAGAGAUGAGAUUUCGCGCUCGGUGGCUUCGUCAAGUGGACAUGGUUUCAAGGAAAGGAUCAAUGGGGUGUUUUCGAAGAAAAUUGAUUGGCCUUCGCUUAUGAAGAUGAGCAAAGUGUGGAUUAGAGAUCCAAUGAACAUGGCCCUUUUUCUGUGGAUUGCCUGUGUUGCUGUUUCGGGUGCAAUUUUGUUUCUUGUCAUGACUGGAAUGUUGAACCAUGCACUGCCAAAGAAGUCCCAGAGAGAUGCAUGGUUUGAGGUGAAUAAUCAAAUUCUCAAUGCACUUUUUACUCUUAUGUGUUUGUACCAGCAUCCAAAGCGGUUUUACUACCUUGUACUUCUCUGUAGAUGGAAACCAGAAGACAUUUCUAAACUUAGAAAAAUUUACUGUAAAAACGGGACUUAUAAGCCACAUGAAUGGGCACACAUGAUGGUUGUUGUUGUUCUGCUCCAUGUGAAUUGCUUUGCACAAUAUGCAUCUUGUGGCUUAAACUUGGGUUACAAAAGAUCUGAUCGACCAGCCAUAGGAGUUGGAAUAUGUGUAGCUUUUGCAAUUGGUGCACCUGCAAUUGCUGGUAUAUACAACAUUGUCAGCCCCCUUGGAAAGGAUUAUGAUUCCGACAUGGAUGAGGAAGCACAGGUUCAGCUCAGCGCUGAUGAAGCAGCUGAAAAGUUAAGGUUAAAACGAUUAGAGAGAAGGUAUUCUUUUGCGUCCCGGGAUGAACAUCGAAAUGUUGAGACUGCUCCAAAAUGGAAUGGAGGUAUACUGGAUAUUUGGGAUGACAUUUCUCUUGCAUAUGUCUCACUGUUCUGUAGCUUUUGUGUAUUCGGGUGGAAUAUGGAAAGACUUGGGUUUGGGAACAUGUAUGUUCAUAUCAUGACAUUUAUUCUGUUUUGCAUGGCUCCUUUCUGGAUCUUUACCUUGGCUUCUGUUAAUAUUGACAACGAGACUGUACGGGAGGCUCUUGCAGUUACUGGCAUUAUUCUCUGUGUUUUUGGUUUGCUCUAUGGUGGCUUUUGGAGGAUCCAAAUGAGAAAGAGAUUCAACUUGCCUUCUUAUGACUUCUGUUUUGGUAAACCAGCAAUGUCUGAUUGUGCAUUGUGGCUUUUCUGCUGUUGGUGUUCUCUUGCUCAGGAAGUGAGGACAGGGAAUUCCUAUGACAUUGUAGAAGAUAAGUUUUGUAGAAAAGAAACUGAUAUUGGGAGCCAGCUACCAAUGUCACCCUUGCCCCGUGAAGAUGGAGUGGGUCAACCUAGGUCUGGUCCAAGUUCUCCUUUAGGGAACUACUCAAGCCCAACUAAGACAGGUAUGGUUGGUUCUCCAAGUCCUAGCAGAUUUUCGAAGGGACUGUAUAGUCCAGACAGGGCACUUUCCUCAGUGAAAGAAGAAUCUCAUCCAACAGGUAAGGAUGAAACUAUGACCGCACCUGCACCCUCAUUGAUACAGAGAGAAGCCACAUAGCACCAUAAACUGGGCAUAAGAUUGUCAUCGUAUUGUGAUCUGUACAUGAAUUCCGUAGAUUUAUUUGUAAACUUCCAGGAAUCUUUUGUGUUGAGAUGCAUCUUUGUUUUUUUCUUUUGAAAUGUUUCUUCAAUAGUUAAUACAUGAGAAUCGAUAGUUAAACAGUACUUUGUUCGUGAAGAAUCUGUCUGCUUAGAUAUU